AUGAUUUGUGAGCCAGGGUUUCGAAAGCUCCGCAAGAUUGAGCCCAAGAUAUGGGACGAAGACUGUCAACAUGUAUUUGACACCAUUAAGGACUAUCUUUCAAAUCCACCAGUGUUAAAGCCAGCAAUACCGGGGGCUCCCCUCAGGCUUUACCUUACAACAACUGAUUUGGCAGUAGGGGCCAUGCUUGCCCAAGAGAUCGAAGGCAAAGAAAAUGUCGUGUACUAUUUAAGCAAGAAGCUGCUCGAGUAUGAGACCAGAUAUACUGAACUUGAAAGACUCACUCUCAACGGACGGUUGUCAAGGUGGUUGGUUAUGUUAGCAGAAUUCGAUCUGAAAUACAUUCCUCAAAGAUUUAGCAAGGGUUCGACGGUCUCAUAUUUCCUAGCCGACUGUCCCAUCGAGGUAGAAGAGGAGGACUACGACCUACCCGAUGAGCAAAUUCUAAUGAAAAGUGAUGACAGUUGGUCGCUGCACUUUGACGGGGCCUCCAAUCAAAUCGGAUGUGGUGUCGGGGUAAUUCUAGUAGCUCCAGACGGCACUCACAUUCACAUAUCAGCAAAGUUGCAAUUCAAUGUUACAAACAAUGCAACCGAAUAUGAAGCAUGCAUUAUGGUCAGAAGCGAAAGCUUAGCCCCAUACGAGUCCUAUCUCGAGAAGCUGUCUGAGCAAGUGGAAGAGCUUCGCUACACCUACCUCCCAAGAGAGGAGAACCAAUUCGCCGACGCACUGGAAAAACUGGCAUCAAUGGUCAACAUUCCAAAUGGCAUGGCUGAAAAGCCCCUUACAAAUGAAACGCGUCUAGAAGCAGCAUAUGUCCAUGCUAUUGACGAUGUCGAGCAUGACAGAGAUGAGCCUUGGUUUACAAACAUCCAAAGGUAUCUACAAAUCUCUGAAUAUCCACCACAUUUUUCAAGCAAAAGUCAAAGGGCUUUACGCCUACAAUUAGCCAACUUCGUCCUAGAAGGCGACAUUCCAUACAAGAGAUCCUCUAACGGCCCUAACCUCCAAAGUGUUGAAAAAUAUGACGCACACAGAGUCAUGGACACCAUACAUGCUGGGGUCUGUGGUACUCACAUGAAUGGGAAGAUGCUAUCUCGCAAAGUCAUCAGGAACCCUAAUCCUAUCAUUCCUGAGCCUACUAUUGAGGUCUCCAGUGACACAGAAAUUGAGGCAGAGACUAACACUGAUGAAGUGAACAGUGAGUUACAACAGAAUAAUAAGGAUAUGGAGUAUGAGUCUGAUCUAGAGGAAGAAUUUGAUGACUUUGAAGGCCAUGAGCACUCUUCAAUAGUUGUGAAGGAGGUUGGAUAG